GCUACAGAGGUGGACCUAUUGAAAUCCUUCGCUGGAGGAAUAGGCUGAAUUAGAGACCAGGAAGUGUUGACGCGGUUUACAUCUGUCGGUCAUUCGAAGAAAGUUACAAACACUUUAACUUUAAAGGAUAAAGCGUUAAAAAAAUAUCCCGUGGAGUAAAUUAAAACACCAAUCAGUGAAAUCAUGGGGUUGGCUGAUCCAAAUAGUACGGAGCCAAGAGAAGGAGAGGCUUCCCAGGCGGUGGAUCCAGUUAAAGCUCUGCAGUCUCAAGUGGAUGGGGUCAAGGAUAUUAUGACCCAGAAUGUAGAUCGGAUCCUGGCCCGAGGAGAAAGACUAGAUGAUCUGAUGGACAAAUCUGAAGACCUGCAAGCUGGGGCCCAGAACUUCAAGCACACCUCUCAGAAGGUUGCACGUGCCUACUGGUGGAAGAACGUGAAGCUGAUUGUGGUUAUUAUUGUGAUAGUCCUCAUCAUUGUACUGAUUGUCAUAUUCCUUGCUACUGGUGUGAUCCCGACCAGUUCACCUGCACCCAAACCUCCCACUGUGAGACCACCAUAGGAUUUCUAUCAGUUACAAAUGCUCACACAUACAGAUAUAUAUAACCAUGUCCACACACUAAAACAAGUCAUGAUUUCUGGAAUUCACACACACAUACCUUUUAUUUGCACAUUUUGCUCAUGUACCUUCAUAUCUCAUGGUAUCACACCACCUAAUAAUGAAUAGCUUCCAUAAUGACAGCUUCGAAACCUUGAAGAGGAGGAUUCUAAAAAGUACUUCUACUUCUCUCCUCCUGAAAAACCAUCCUAGUGGCCACUUCAGCUGUCUUUAUGGUUCCCUAAAGCAUGAUAAAGUGCCACAACUGUAAAAGAAAUGGCAAUAUUGUUCAUAGUGAAGGAACCCUUGAAAUAGUCAUAUAAUGGCAUUGAUCCAACGAAGGUAAUGGGUGAAAGUUCUGUCUAUUGAAUUAUGAAGUAUAUUUAAGACUGUUCUAUUAGAUUAUAAGAUGUUAAUUGUAAUUAUGGAAUACUUUUAGAACUUCAAGUGUCUUGUAUUUGAUGGGUCACUGUCUUUGUGCUUUUGUCUACAAUUAUGUUACUUGAAUAAGGUCAAACCAGAAUGUGUUCUUACAGCUGUUGCAUUACCCAAACACACCAUUUCGUUGAGGAAAUUAUAAACUUGUAAAAUGUUUGCAUUCAUUUCCCUGUCUUAAACAUUUACUGAAAAUUGGCAAUGCCCCAAACUUCAAAACAGGGACAGAUUUAUUGUCCUAUAUAAGGAAUUAGAAUUUUUAAAUGUAACAAGAGCACCUGAACAAGGUCAUUUAGAUUAGAAAUUUUGAUAGGGAAUGAUGGGUAUUUUCUGUGUCCUCAUAAAUCACUGCAUUGUAUUUUACAUGCAGUGUAACGCACUGUACGGCAUGCAGUUAGUACUGUAAUCAGAAUUUGAGUGUACUGCAUCAAAAGUUUGGCCUUGCACUGUGGGAGCUCAGUGAAACCCAAGAUGCAUAACUUUGUUCCUGUUUCGAUAACAGGAGGAAUGUUUAAGAGUCCAUACUGUAAUUUUCAGUUUGCAGUUUUUAUUGAUAAACACUACCACUUUUUCAGCCAAUGAAAAUUAGUUCUCUGAAUGUUCUUGUUGGCUGAUCUUAAAUUAGUCUGCUAAUUGCUAGCUUUAUGCAUUUUGCUUGGGAGAGGUCAAGGCACUGGAUGUCUAUAUGUAGUCAGAAUGACUUGACUGUUCGAAUGUUUGUAAACCUGAGUUUUAUUAUGC